AUGAUAUUAGUCCAAGAUGUCUUUAUUUUAUUCUUUACUAUCUAUUUAGUUCCAUGUGAAACUCUUAAAUGUUAUGAAUGUACAGGACAUAUACCUUGUGGACAAGGAGAAACUCAUCUUAUGGUUGAUUGUUCAGGAAAAUGUAUGGUCUAUAGAAAUCAAUAUGAUGGCGGCACUAUAAUCAGACGUUGUUGUACAAAUGAUUGUGGUGAAAAUGGUUUAAGUACUUAUGAAGGAAGAGAUCCAACUUAUUUUUGUUCUGAAGAUUUAUGUAAUGGUGCUAUUGCAGAUGGAAGGUUACCAGGAGCAACUGUUAAUCCAUUAUUAACAUCAACAACAUCAGUUUUAUUAACUACGAGUGAUGUGUCAUCACAACAGCCAAGUGCAUCUUUAAGUUGCUAUGAUUGUACUGGUUAUAAUCCACAAUGUGGUAUUGAUGAGUCGACAGUAAUUCAUGGUUGUCAAGCAUGUAUGGUUUAUCUUAAUCAAUUUGAUGGCAAUACAGUCAUUCGACGAUGUUGUACAUCAGGUUGUGGAUUAUCUGGAACUAUUGGUGAUUAUGAAGGUCGUAAAACAUAUUUUUGUUCUUCAAAUCAAUGUAAUGGAAUCGGAACGGAGACAAUACUUACUGGUGGAACAGCACCAUGGCCUACUUCAACGUCUUUCAUACAGACAACAACAACCAUCUCUGUACAAUCAACAUUUCAAUGUUAUGAUUGUUCAGGACCAGGUUGUGGUCUAGAAGGAUCACCUUUAUUCGCGAAUUGUCCUACAUGUAUGAUAUAUCGAAAUCCAGAUGAUCAAACAAGAAUUGAACGCCGUUGUUGUUGGUGGGCAUGUGGACCGCCGAAUGCUAUAAGUAUACACAAUGGAAAAGAAACUUAUUUUUGUUCAAAUGAUAAAUGUAAUGGACUGGGAUCGGAAAAUAUGCUUAGCCCUCCAGUGAUAACAACAACACCGUCAAGUAUUAUUACGCUAACUACUACUUCAACAACAACAACUGUGACAUAUUCUUCACCAACUUGUGUACUUAAUUGUCAAAAUGGAGGAACACUAGAAACAGAGGAGCCUUGCUUUUGCUAUUGUUCGGAGAAUACGUACGGUGAUGAAUGUGAAAAAAUUGAUUGUAGUCAACCGGAUAUUAAUGCUCAAACAUGUGCUUUGGAAAAUCAAUCAUUAUGCGGGCAAAGUGAAAUAUUUGCAUAUGCAUGUCUUCAUUUAUGUGGAAAAUGUUAA